AUGCAGAUUCUGGACGAGAUGUGCUUGUCGCAGAUCCAGGCAAACACUGUCACCUAUAGCUCCGCUGUCAGUGCCUUGGAAAAACCAGCGGCGUGGGAAGCGGUGCUUGAGAUACUGCAGCGCAUGGAAAGAUCCCAAGUUCAGCGCAACGCUUUCACAUUCAACGCGGCCAUCAGCGCUUUCGGCAAAGCCGAGCGGUGGCAGCAAGCGGUGAGUCUGCUUGCCGACAUGCUGGCCGGCGAGGUCGAGGCCGACAUCAUCACCUGCACCUCUGCGAUUGACGCCUGCGCGCGCGGCGCACGGUGGCAGAGGGCCCUGGCCAUAGCUGAGCGCAUGGCUCGGCAAGAGGUGGCCCCAAACGACUUCACCAGCAGUGCUCUGCUGAACGCCUGCGCGCGCGGGGCUGCCUGGGAUGCUGCUUUGGCACUCUUGGAUGCCUGCCCGCAGCCGACCCCAUCGGCCUACGCAGCGGCGCUCAGCGCGGCCGGCGACGCCGGGGCGUGGGAAGCUGCCCUGGCACUGUUGAGGCAAAUGGCUGGAGCAAGGCUCAUGGCCACGGGUGUCGAGUUCGGCUCUUUUCUGCGCGGAGCUCCCGCGGCGCAGCGGGAGGAGCUACUUCGCACGUGGCGGGCCGCCUACUUCGGCCCCGAGGCCGCGUGGACGGAGCUGUUCGGUGGCCGCCGCGAUGGCGUCUUCGGCCCCGUACCAGAGCACCGCGUGGAUGCGGCGGGCCCGCGUUGCGACCCUCACUUGGCAUCAGCCGUGCAAGUCCUGGCAGAAGCGGAAGGGCUAGUUGCCGCGUGGAAGCCGGCCGGACUCUCGACCGACGACGCCUUGGGCGUCCUGGCGGCGCGGCGAGGCCGCUGCUUGACGCGCGCUUCACGCUUGGACCUGCCAACCUCGGGCGUAGUAGUAGGCAGCGGAUGGGGACGAGCACAGUGA